ACAGAUCGCCGCCGACCGAUAGUUCAGUUGCAAGCGAACGCGCGGGCAAAGCACAUGUGCCGAGAAAUAGCGGGCGAGCGAGUGCGACUGUGGCGCGCAUAAUUAGUGAAGCUUCAACGUAAGCGAGUCUUCAAAUAAAGUUUUUUCUGCUGUCUCUUUACGGGCGCGUGUGACGUAAAAGCCAAAGAAAUUUAAAAGCCCAUUUUGUAAUAUCUAAGCGACGAGCUGGAGGCAAAUCGAUGGGCGCAACAGGAAGUUGUAGCUUUAAUUUUCACGUAUGCCGCCGUUGUUGUUGCUAGUCUGAAAAUUGGUUAGCUCCCCACGAGAGCGUGUUUAAUUUUGUUGUUGUGUUAAAAAUUUCACGUGUACGAGUGCGGCAAUUAUAGUUGAAAUGUGAAAAGCUGGAAUGAGUGAAAUGAAAAUUUAUGCCAAAUAAAGUUAUUGUGUAAACUAAUGGGUAUUUUUUGUGAAAGAUACAACAACAACACUGCACAUAAAUAGUUUAUAAAGUGUUUUCAUGCAACGCGCCAAAGUUGUGAAAAAUCAGUUUUGAAGGAAAUCAAAGCGAAAAUUUAUGCGAAUUUGAGAAGUGCGAAGCUGAAAGAAUUGCAAAACUAGAGAUUUGCCCUUCAUCAAACACAACAGCAAAAAGUAGAGGUCCAACGGAGUAAAUAUAUGAAAAAUAUAAAAUUAUUUCAUUGAAGUCCAGAGAAUCGAAAAGCAAAAAUGUCCACAACUACUGCAACACCAACAACAGCAUUAGAGUCCACUACGCCACUCGCCGGCACCAGUUUGGAGGAUCUGUCAGCGACGCCAGUGUUGAACAGCGAGGAGUUCAAAAAUCUCACUUACGAUGAUGAACAUAGCAUCUUUACACAUCCCACACUAGCAGAGUACUACAAUAAUCUCACGCCAUUCGUUACACUGUGCAUCUUCGUCUCCGUCUUAACCUUUAUGCUCACCAUUUCCAUUUUCCUCACAACUUUGGCUAAACUACAGCAACGGCUGCGCAAGCCACUGCUCGCGCCAUCUAUAGCGCUCGUAUCCUUGUAUCCGCUGAUCAGUCUUGUGGCAUUGCUCACACUACUCUUGCCGAAGUUAUGGUUCACCUUUCACACUGUGAUGCAUCUCUCGUUUACGGUCGGUGCCGUCAUCUUCUAUCAACUGUGCGGUCAUUUUAUUGGCUCUGAGACCAGUUUUAUUAAGGAGACAGCCGGUAUGGCUGUGGCGAUUAAGACGCCACCAUGUUGCUGUUGCUGUAUUUGCUUACCAGGUGUGACGCCCACCAGAGGGCGUUUUGUGUUAUUGCGGUGUUUCGUAUAUCAAAUGGUGUUCGUACAGGGCAGCAUAAUGUUGGUGUUGAAUGGUAUAUUCUACAAUGAUAUGGCUUUAUUCCACGAUGUGCAAUACUACUUCCUACCAUUCAUCAUCUCAUCUAUUAUAAUCGGUUCCUGGGGUCUAAAUAUAACAGUACGCGUGGUGAAUAAUCUACACAGUGAUUAUAAUACAACGAAAAAAAUGUUCGCGCUACAGUUGAUUUUGUUGUUGUGCAAGAUGCAGUAUCUCAUUCUGGACAAACAAUUGGAUAAGUUCUUACUGGGUGGUGACUAUCCAAUGAAUCAUAUUAUCUAUAAGCAGUCCAUCAUUAAUAGUUUGGUGCUUGUGGAAAUGGUCUUGGUCUCGCUAUUCGCUCAGAAUGCUUACAGAAUUCCAGUUCAAGUCGACGAUAAUUAAGAGAUGCUGCUAAAUAAAUAAAUACUUAUCCUUAAAACUAAUUACUUAAGUGAUUACUUAAAAAAAAUACAUUUAUACUUAUGUAGUUAGCUUGCUUUAAAAUGUAGUUCUUAUAGAAUAUAGCUCAUAUUUUAUGAAAAUAUGUAGUUCUAAAGUAAUUUUAUAAAAUGUAAGCUCUAGUUAUCGUUUAGUCAAUUGUUAUGGGCCAGGUAGCUUAAAUUUCUUUUUUUACAAUAAUUAAAACAUUUCAGCACUUUUAAUAAUACGUUUUUAAUGACAAAAAUUGUGAUAACUAAAUACUUUCAAUACAUAUUAAUCUAUCA